AAUAAACUAACAAAAUAAAUAGCACAAGCGCGUAGAAAGAGCGGCACAUACCGGUCCGGUGAGAAUUCCAAGUUAAGUGGUUUUUGUUGUGUCGUGCAUUUUCAUUGCAUUUGCCGACACUAGUUGACGCUCAACAAUCAAUCCUCAACACCAAACACCUCCCAGAUCCGAUCUGAAACUGAAAGACGAAUCCAUGGGGCGUUCGUCUUCGUUUCUAUUUACGUUCUUCAUCUUACUCUCCCUAUUCUCACCCUCUUUCUCCGAGAUCCGUUUCUCCGAGAUCCAAAACGACGAUCGCCCCAUCGUUCCCUUCGACCAAUUUGGAUUCACUCACAACGGUCGUCUCGAACUCAACGUUUCCAAAAUCUCACUCUCCAAUUCAAAUCUCGAUCUCUCAAAAGUUGGUUUCUUCCUCUGCACUCUCGAUUCAUGGCUCCACGUUCUUCAACAACUCGAAGACGGUGAGAUUCGUUGCGCUCUUCAAUCCGAUCUCGUUAAAUCCGUUUACACUUUCAAUUCCCUCAACGGUAAAGACUCCUUCAACACGCUUUACAAUGAAACCGACGCCGAUCAGUACAAUCUCGUUUUCGCUAAUUGUCACCCUCAACAACUCAAAGUCACCAUGGAUGUUGAAUCUGCUAUGUAUAAUCUCGACGGAAAGAAUAACGUUCGUGAUUAUCUCUCCGCUGGUAGAACCAUUCUCCCUAGGGUUUACUUUCUUUUCUCUUUGGUCUAUUUUACCCUCGCUGUUGUUUGGAUCAGUGUUCUUUACAAAAAACGGUUAACGGCUUUUCGAAUUCAUUACUUCAUGCUUGCUGUUAUCAUUUUGAAAGCUAUUAAUCUUUUGUGUGAGGCUGAAGAUAAAUCGUACAUUAAGCGCACUGGUAGUGCACAUGGUUGGGAUAUACUUUUCUACAUGUUUAGUUUCCUUAAAGGAAUUUCUCUUUUCACUCUUAUUGUAUUGAUUGGUACUGGUUGGUCUUUUCUCAAACCCUUCCUUCAGGAUAAGGAAAAAAAGGUUCUUAUGAUUGUGAUUCCGUUACAGAUUGUUGCUAAUAUUGCUCAGGUUGUUAUUGAUGAGAGUGGACCUUAUGGUCAUGAUUGGGUUACAUGGAAACAGAUUUUCCUCCUUGUUGAUGUUGUUUGUUGCUGUGCUGUGUUGUUUCCUAUUGUAUGGUCUAUUAAGAACCUCCGUGAGGCUGCUAGGACUGACGGAAAAGCCGCCGUUAAUUUGAUGAAGUUGACUCUCUUCAGGCAUUACUAUGUUGUUGUUAUCUUUUACAUUUACUUCACAAGGGUUGUGGUUUAUGCGUUGGAGACGAUCACUUCGUAUCGAUAUUCGUGGACUAGUGUGGUUGCUGCUGAGUUGGCCACACUUGCUUUCUAUGUAUUUACUGGUUAUAAGUUCAAGCCAGAGGCUCACAAUCCAUAUUUUGUUAUUGAUGAUGAAGAGGAAGAGGCUGCCGCUGAGGCGUUGAAGCUAGAAGAUGAAUUUGAAUUGUAAUUUCACUGCAAAAAAAAAAAAAUCAAUAUAAAUUGAGGUUUUGGCAGAGUAGAUAUAUAUGGUUGAUGAUGUUGGUAUGCUGCUCAGCAAUGCUCAGGUUUCAUCACAACGACAACUGCAAAUUUUCAUGUUACAUUUUAUGGGUAUAGUUGGUAUUCAUAAAUCAUUGUGCUAUAUUUUCUGGGUUCUGGACUUGUGCCAGUUCUCUUAACUAGUGUCAUAAUAUCUUAGACUCUUGUGUAGUGCUAUGAACAAUAUAUUCUGUCUAAGUGUUGAUACUGAUACUUUGCAAACAUUUUUUUCUUGUCAUGAUUGCUUUUAUUCUAGUUAGCUUUCAGCUUUGUACUUUUGUACUUGCAAAUCUGUGAAGUUGCAUUGGAAUUGGAGGCUAGAGUUCUAAUUUAGUUGUAAA